AUGGAAGUCGCGCAGCGGGACCACUUUGCCCUACGACUUGUCUACAUUGAUACCGUCGGAUUGUCCUUCAGCUAUGGUGGCCUUUUUUCCGCGCGUGUGCUACAGUUCUGGGAGAAGGAACACUUCGAUCCUGAGCAGCGACUCUAUAUGCGACCGAUUCUCAAUGCCGUCUACUACUACCUACUUACUGGCCAUAAAGUCGUCGUGCUGUUCCCAUUAAUGUACCAUCCCGACAAUUGGGCUGAAGGGGAAAAGAAAGUGGACAACAUCGUCGUCUUUGAGCAUCUUUGCCAGGCGGGCAUUGUCGAAUUUGUGGGCAACCGGGGAGAUCAUCGCCGCGAUUAUUGGGUCCCAAAAUUAGCGCUGAAAGUGGAAGAGAACAACGCUCAGCUCAUUUCCUACUAUCCGCUGCUGGAGGAAUGUAGGGGCGGAGUCUUCGACCAAGCCUUUGAAAACCAGCCUAUCCUGACCACGAUACCGCCGAUAUAUCGUCAGACGAACCCAAUUCUGGUGUUCCCGGGCCGUAUCCCCAUCUAUUACCAUGAUUACACGAUAGAAAUUGAUGCCAAUAAGCCGACUGAGUUGACUGAGUACGGCGACGAUGUACAUGUGACGCGCAAGAACGACAACAACUAUGUCUGGAUCGAACCGAAACUCGUCAAAUAUAUGGCCGACACGGAUGGGAUGGUCGAUUUCUUCGCGCAGCAGUUGACGUUCAACGAGCAAUAUCGCUUGGUGCGUUUCCUCGAGACCCUUCUGUCGUGGGACAGCCCUCAACUUCGCCGAGCCUACCUCGCCUUUCGAUACAUUGCCGAACACAUUCGAAAAAUCUUUUUGCACGAUGCUAACCCCAACGUG